AUCAGAUCAUUUAGCAGCAAAACAUUAAAUGGCGAUUUAUACAUCUAAUUUAUCACCAAACAGGCCGCAUGAAGUCUCAUUCUUCAAUUGCUAAACAAAACGAGUAUUCUUGAAGAAGGCACCGAUAAUUUUGAUGUCGUCUUCUGUGGUUUUCUAUGGUGAAACGGACGGAUGUGUAAUAUAAGAAAAAUAAAGUGAAAAUUGAUUUUAGUCUACCUCAGAAUGGGCGUCGGGUAUACGCGAUAACGUAAAUUCUUUUCUGCGUGAAAACAGUCUUUGGUGGAUAUAAAUUUAAGUCAAUGUGACGUGCUUGUUAUAAUUGGCUACAUUCCGUGCAUAAUUAACAAACGCUGGAUUUUGGUCAACAUCAACUAAAAGCACAUCUUCGAGUGUACAUUACCAGUGUUUCACAGGCGCUAAUUGUAGCAAUAAAUAAAAUUUGAAUAGAAGUUCAAAUUAUAAGGUUACUUGUAUUUCGCGAAAUGACGUACAGAGGGUACUAAAAUUUUAUACGCGGCUGUCUCAGAGUGAACUCGUUAUGUAUAACACGGAAAAUAUGCUUGACUAUUGCGCCAGUAAUAGCUCUUCACCAAGAUACCAGUCAUCUAGUCCAAAUAUGACGUCACUUCAGUACAACAUGGCCGAAAUGAUGACGUCAGCCAACAUGGCGGCCAACAUGGCGGCGGCUGCUGAAUCGCAGAGACAGACGGCGUUCGUACUCAGCAGCCCGCAGCUCGCAGCGCUGCACAACAUGACGGAAAUGAAGACGCCACGCUCCUGCACGAGCCCCGUUUCCGGUUUGCAAAACCCCUACACCAGCUACGCACAAUCGACGCUUAAGCAGCUCGGCCUCGCGAUGUCGCAGGCAAGCACUUCUCACCGAAUCUCGGACAUUCUCAGUCGGCCGCUGAUGCAGUCCCAUCUAGGCAUCCCUCAGCUGAACGCCGCCAGCAUGUACCUGAACUCUCAGAGCGGCUUUAAGCUGGCGGAACUUCCGGGCCGUCCGCCCAUCUACUGGCCGGGGAUGGUGGGUGGGCCCGCUUGGCGACCGCCAAGCAAUGUGAUCAUUGAUAAAGACGGAAAGAAGAAACAUACGCGGCCUACGUUUUCCGGUCAGCAGAUUUUUGCGCUCGAGAAAACGUUCGAGCAGACGAAAUACUUGGCGGGACCGGAAAGAGCCAGACUUGCGUACGCACUCGGCAUGUCCGAGAGUCAAGUUAAGGUAUGGUUCCAAAAUCGAAGAACAAAAUGGCGGAAAAAGCAUGCAGCAGAAAUGGCCACAGCGAAAAAGAAACAAGAGUUUGCGGAAUCAAUUGAUACCGGUUCUGAUAUUGAUGAAGAAGUUUCGGACAGUUGAACCUUGUGAAAAAAACUAUCUAGGAAUGCUGAGGCUAGGAUCGGGGCAGGGGUACAGGGUACAUGCAGAGUUUCCCGGAAGUGCUUUGGGAUACCAAAAAAUCGUUGAAGGUCAGACGAUUUAACCAAAUGUCACCGACGUUCGAUCAAUUUGAUCAGAAGUCGUGCCCUAAAUAGUGCCAAAAUAUAUAUGCACCUUAGAGUUUAACCCUUUCAGUGCUGGAACCGAAUUUUGAAGGCCUUUGCAAACAGUUUGGAUCCAGAUGAGACGCCUCAGAACGUGGCGUCUCAUCAGGAUCCAAACAGUUUGCUAUUCUUAUAUUAUUCUUUGAAAAAAAAUCGAAGAAAAUGUUUUAAAGUUAAGAAAUUCAGCAGACGACAUUUUAGCAGACGACAAAUUUCCCAGCAUGCAAAGGGUUAAACGAUCAACCUAUGUAGUCUUUUGUUCUAACAAAAACUGAUUAUUCUUGUAAAGCCUGUCGUGCUUCGUGAAACUCACAGCUCAUGUAUUACUGUGAUUGUCUUGAAAAUGUUUACGUAAAGAAUAUAUAUCGAAAAAAGGGUCCUUUGGUCAAGUUUAUUUUAAAAUAUAAAACUCUCGUUAAUACUAACAUUAUAUGCGUUUAGAUUUGACUUUCUUUUCAAAAAUGUAAUCUGUGUUUCCUGAACAAUGUUUAUUUGGUCAGAUCCGUAGGUGGGGUGAUGUAAAAUUUCCGAAUGCCCUGUUGUAUUCAUUUUGUGGUAUCACAUGCAAUUGUUAGGUAAAACAAGCGUUCGGUGAUAGCGUUUCAAAUAUGAGUUAUGAUUCUAGCAUCGUAUAUGAAAAGCUUAGAUGCAGGGGUUCUAUUUAAUUGGAAUAUUUAAUUCUAUUUAUACAUUUAUUCUGCGGUAUAAAAAUAUAAUGUUUGUUGAUAAAAUGUCAAACUCUCAGAACGUAGACAUUUUUGUACACGCAGUAAUGCUUCAUAUAAUCGUUCAAAUACUUAAAUGCGAUCGUACACAGUAUACGCGGUUUAUGUUUAUUUAUGUGCGGUCAGUUCUUCGAAAAUGCAGAUAUUAGAAGAGUAUAUUGUGUUCAGGUUAUUAAGUGAUAUUUCUGAAUUGAAUUUGUUUUCAUUAUCCAAUAUAUUUAUGAGUCAUAAUGCAAGAAAUGCGAUUUUGUACUGAAUACAUCAAUAUCUUAUUAUUUAAUAUAAGUACUUGUGCAUGCAUGAUAACGAGUAAAGUUUGUAUUCCAUAAACAUAUAUUUGUCUAGAUAUUUGUUAAAAAAUUCGUCACUCACUUGAAAUAGCGGUAUAUAAAGUUUAAUUGUAUGAUUUUCAGUUUUUUUUUCUAUACAUAUACUAUUCAAUUGUGUGUAGACAUUUAUGUUAAUACUGGGACUUAAAUAUUCGUCUUACAAGAAGAGCCAGUUUCACUUCUUAGCGGUAACCACAGAUUUAAUUGUUUGAUGUCUGUCAUAUUUCACUGCGUUUUGAAUAUGUUUCGAAUGACCAGCAUGUGGGUUAAUUACUGCUUACAUAAUGUAUUUGUUAUUUAAUAAAACAGAAAGCAUUCAAUUUGAAUGCUUACCUUAAGCAUCCAACUGUUAGCAAAGAAACAUAUCUUCGUAGCUAAAUUAAAAUACAACAUAUUGCAUACUAAUAUCAUAAACAAAUAAUUAUACAAAGGUUUGACUACAGCUGUGAGUGAACUUUUGUUCUGGCGGAUUUUUCCCAGCCAUUUAAUAUUGUUUCCGGGAAAAUAUAUAGUUGUUUUAUUUAAUGUCUUUUAGGUAUUUAACAAUAUUAACUGGCUUCAAUUAUUAUUGACUUUGCAAAUUGUAUUUAUAUCAUUGUUGUUCAUAUGUUCACAUGUAUACAUCGAUGAACAGUUGUUUGUAUAUUAAAAUGAGUUUGAAAAUGAUAAUAAAAUGACAUAGGAUCA